AUGGACGCUCUCUUAAGACUCAAUGACCGCUUCCGUCAUGACCCAAAUCUCGUCAUCCCCGGGUACGUCCCCCCAACUGUCAAAACCGGCGACCGUAGCGAGUACACCCUCACGACGAAUCGUAGCCCGGGGUCACGCGGGAGCGUCGGCGAUAUCCAUGACCUCGAGAAUGAGGUACCAGGGGCGGAUUUGGCCGAGGAGGCGAGAAAGGAUGUAGAGGGUGAACAGAUCUUGAUGGAGAUUGAGGAGGAGGAGAAGGAGAUAACGGAGGUGGUACAGCCUGUGCUGGAUAGGACGGGACCGACGACUAGGGCGAACAUGAGGUUUGUUCUUGAGGUCAGGGAGAGGAAACCGUUGGCGCAGGAAUUAUAG